AUGUUGGCUGUUCGACCAUCCGCGAUCGCUUCGCCGACGCAGCUGCACAGCGUCGGGUGCACGUCACACCUACGCCGACACGUGGCACCGCUCAAACCCGUCACCAAUCACCACCGAGCGAACCUUGUCAGCUGGAGCAGCUCGGCAUUCCCAAGGCGUUCCUUAUCUCUCCGCUCACCGCCGCUGCACUGCCAGCAGGCGCAGCAUGGCCGUUCCUUUGACUCCACCCGCAACACACAUGGCACACGUCAUGCCCGGCCCGUGAGACCGCGAGCUGCCACUGCAGGACAGAAAGAAAGCCCAAAUUCGGAUAAGGUAGCAUCUAAAGGAGGGGCUCUGGAGGGGAGGCUAGCGUGGAGGCUAGCAGGGAAGCAGGAGGCAAGGCACGAGGCAAGGCAAGGGGGGAGCAUGGAUAAGGGAAUGGAAGUGCGAAUGUUCACAGAGGAUCUACCCACGCAGAUGGAGGCGAUCACGACAGGGGCGACGACGCUGGUGACGGAGGUGAAGAGGAGCCCCCCUGACGUGGACUAUUUGCAGGAGCUGCUGGCGAUCCAGCAGUCGGGGCCGCGGAACAUUGGGUUCUUUGGCACGCGCAACAUGGGCUUCAUGCACCAACAGCUCAUCGAGAUCCUCAGCUAUGCUAUGAUUAUUACGAACAACCACAUUUACACGUCGGGAGCUGCAGGCACAAACGCAGCAGUGAUCCGCGGAGCGCUGAGGGCGGAGAAGGCGGAGCUGCUGACCGUCAUUCUCCCCCAGUCGCUGGGCAAGCAGCCUCCUGAGAGCCAGGAGCUGCUCAAAAAGGUGGAGAAUCUGGUGGAGAAGCCACACAACGACCAUCUUCCCCUGCUCGAAGCAAGCAGGCUGUGCAACAUGGACAUUCUAUCGGAGGUGGAGCAUGUGAUCUGCUUUGCCUUCCAUGACAGCCGGCUGCUCAUGGAGACGUGUCAGGAGGCCAAGGAUAUGGGCAAGAUUGUCACCCUCUUCUACCUCGAUUGA